UUGACGUCAUACGUACGUUUGGAAAAGAAGCGCCAGAGUGUGUCGAGUGUGCGGGUCAAUUGUUUACUGUCGGGUUGAAUUGUAUCUGAGACUUUUCAAUAUGGCUAUGUUAAAGCCUUUUAGUAAAUUACCCGCUUUAAAUUCGGCAAAUAUCCUGCUUGUGGAAAGUGAGGAGCUUUUUCAGCAAAGUCUGGCCAAUGUCCUUGUUGAGGAGCCUGGUGUCACUGUUAAUGUGAGACUUGCGAAGAAUCUUCCUCUUCCUAUGGAGAAUGAAGAGGGGCGUCCACGGAUAGAUCUGGUUGUGUUUAUUAUCAACUUGACCUCAGAACUGAGUUUUCAGUCUGUAGAGGCCUCACUGAAAUAUUUGGAUCCAGGAUAUUUUCUUGGAAAAGUCUGCUUCAUGGUCACAAAUGCUCGUAAUGCCUCAGUCCCUUCAGCUCGCCUGGACGCUGUUAGAAAACUUGCUGCAUCCCUCCAGUGUCCGCUGCUGUGUGCAGAGGAUCAGAGUCCAGACGGUGUGGCCAAUGCGACAAAGAGGCUCCUGGCCAUCCUGAAGGUGUCUGCUGGCCUUGUUCCCACAGCGACAGCCCUAUACCUGUCCAACCUGACACGCUGCACUGUGCCUCCAGACAUCGAUCAACCAAGCUUUGAUUAAAAUAUUAUCAUAUUUAUUGUUUUGAAGGAACUGUUAGACUGUCUUACUCUCUGCGUCUGUGGUUUUGAGACAGCCACUGAAAGCCGCUUUUCUGGAUGCAGAUUGUUCAGAGGGUUUGGGAUAAGUAUCCCUGGGGUACAGGCCUAUUCAGGCCUAAAUUAAAUCUGAGAUUUUUGUGUGCAGGUGUCUUGUGCUGGACAAAUGUGUUAACAUUAAUUUUUAAUUCAGAUCAGUCCAGUUAUCACAGCUAUUUUUGCUUAUAUAUACUUUACAAAAUAGCUUUUUACAUCAAUCAUCAAAGCACUUGAUGAUUGAUUGAACUUUUUGUAAUUAAUUUCAAUGUAAUAUAGUAAACAUGAUAUAUACAAGAAGUUUUUUUUCAUUAUGAAAUUGCCAUGUCAAAUAAUAUCAAAAAUGUAAAUAACACAUCUAAAAUAUUUUUAGUUAAAUUUUUUGUAUUUGUGUUAAACAUGUUUUAAACAUUCAUUUAGAUUCUUUUCAGCUGUCUGCAGUGGUUCAGGAGACAGGGUGUGUAACUGUACUGCAGACACUGUGCCUGUUGUCACGUCUACCCAUGCACACACACUCAGACCCACAGUAUCACCAGAUUAUCUCCAUGGCAAGAGUCCAUGAUACAAGUUAAACUAACAUAGUAAUGGUAGUGCGUCAGCUUCCGGAAGUAGGACCUGGUGAGACUGUUGCAUGUCAAUGACACUGCAGAUCUGCCACUGUUUAUGAUAAUCCAGAUCCCACUAACUUUUGUUCACUGACAUUUAUCCUGAGACGGCACUACUGGUAACCCAUUUGGCUGAAAGGGAAAGGUGACACCAGUGUGGUUGCUUGAUAAUGGCGGUUGGGUUGGGAUGUUGGAACCGAUACUAAGCACUGAGGCUGAUCACGUCCGCAGCAUAUGACCAGUUUAGACACCUGUUAGUUUUCUAAAUAGAUUGCAUUGGUACAUGUACUUCAUUAAGGGAUAUGAACCCCUGAAGGGGGGUUGCCUUGGCUGUGCCUAAGGAGUUAUUGCCCAGUAGCACAAAUAAAAAGUUUAGCAAA